GACGGGAGGAAAGUAUCUGCUCCGCUGAGGGGGGAAAGGAGGAGCAGGAGACAGAUUGUGGGACCGAGCGCGGGCGGGCGGGAGGCGCCGGAGCUACCAGCGGGUGAGUCCUGUUAACAUUAGCUAGUCCGUGGCCUGACAGGAGUCUCUCCUUCUACUCUGGCCAGUCCCAGCGUCCCGGGCCGGGGUCUCCCCUCCCAGUCUGUUGGACGGGGGCGCUGAGGCGGUGGCCAGGCCUGUCUGAGGAAGAGGGUGGGGCGUAGGCUAAAGACAACCAAUAGGAGAGAAGGAAGCCACAAUUGGCGGCCAUGAGCGCUAAUGGGAGAUCGCCUUUACCUUGCGGAGUGCCGCCCUCUUCUCUUCUCCCGCCUCCUUCCUUUUGGAGGAAGGCGGGGCCAGAGGACUGAAGUGUGGGGAGAACUUGGGCUCUGCUCUGCUUUAUGAAAUAUGGGAGACGACAGACCGUUUGUGUGCAGUGCCCCGGGCUGUGGACAGAGAUUUACAAAUGAGGACCACCUGGCAGUUCAUAAACAUAAGCAUGAGAUGACACUGAAAUUUGGCCCAGCCCGAACGGACUCAGUCAUCAUUGCAGAUCAAACGCCUACUCCAACUAGAUUCCUGAAGAACUGUGAGGAAGUGGGGCUCUUCAAUGAACUAGCUAGCUCCUUUGAACAUGAAUUUAAGAAAGCUUCUGAUGACGAUGAGAAAAAGGGUGCUGCUGGGCCUCUUGACAUGUCUCUGCCUUCUACACCAGACAUCAAAAUCAAGGAAGAAGAGCCAGUGGAAGUAGACUCAUCGCCCCCUGACAGUCCUGCUUCUAGCCCCUGUUCCCCACCACUGAAGGAGAAGGAAGUUACCACAAAACCGGUUGUGAUCUCUACCCCUACACCUACCAUUGUACGUCCUGGCUCCCUGCCUCUCCACUUAGGUUAUGAUCCACUUCAUCCAACUCUUCCUUCCCCAACCUCUGUCAUCACACAGGCUCCACCAUCCAACAGGCAAAUAGGAUCUCCUACUGGCUCCCUCCCUCUCGUCAUGCAUCUUGCUAAUGGACAGACCAUGCCUAUGUUGCCAGGGCCUCCAGUACAGAUGCCUUCUGUUAUUUCGCUGGCCAGACCUGUGUCCAUGGUGCCCAACAUUCCUGGUAUACCUGGCCCACCGGUUAACAACAGUGGCUCCAUUUCUCCCUCUGGCCACCCUAUGCCGUCAGAAGCCAAAAUGAGACUAAAAGCCACGCUGACCCAUCAAGUUUCUUCAAUCAAUGGAGGUUGUGGAAUGGUGGUGGGUACUGCAAGCACCAUGGUGACUGCCCGUCCAGAGCAAAACCAGAUCCUCAUCCAGCACCCAGAUGCCCCAUCCCCUGCCCAGCCACAGGUCUCUCCAGCUCAGCCCACCCCUAGCACUGGGGGACGGCGACGGCGUACAGUGGAUGAAGAUCCAGAUGAGCGGCGGCAGCGGUUUUUAGAGCGAAACAGAGCUGCAGCCUCUCGAUGCCGGCAAAAGCGGAAACUGUGGGUGUCCUCCCUGGAAAAGAAGGCAGAAGAACUUACUUCUCAGAACAUUCAGCUGAGUAAUGAAGUCACAUUACUACGCAAUGAGGUGGCUCAGCUGAAGCAGCUACUGUUAGCUCAUAAAGAUUGCCCAGUCACUGCACUACAGAAAAAGACUCAAGGCUACCUAGAAAGUCCCAAGGAAAGCUCAGAGCCAACGGGUUCUCCAGCCCCAGUGAUUCAGCACAGUUCCGCAUCAGCCCCUAGCAAUGGCCUUAGUGUUCGAUCUGCAGCUGAAGCUGUGGCCACCUCGGUCCUCACUCAGAUGGCCAGCCAAAGGACAGAACUGAGCAUGCCCAUACAGUCACAUGUGAUCAUGACCCCACAGUCGCAGUCUGCGGGCAGAUGAUGCCUCCCAUGAUGGAGAGGUCCCCAGCCAGAGCUCGCCCGCCUGAGCCAAGAGAGAGAUCAACUUAACCCCUCCUGUCUGUCUUGGAAUUGGGCAGAAUGGAGAGGGAGAAAUUGUGUGUUGUGAGUAUGGACAGAUGUGGGGCUUUUCUCUUUAGCCACAUGAUCAUGUACGAUUAACACCUGUACUAGGCGCUUCUGGCCCCAAAGCCACAUAGAUCAUCCCCCAAGGGUAGGGUUUCUUAUGUACCUACAGCCAAAGGCCUUUCCAUAUGGUCUGAGCAGUCAUCCCUGGCCCUGAUGCAUGUGUGCCUGUCUCUUAACACUAACCCUUGCACUUGUAGGUUUGGGGUUUCUCAGUGUCCCCUCCUCCCAUUGACCUGUGGCUGUUACCUUCUUAUUUCUUAUUAGCAUGCCACUUCCUGCCAGAUGGAGGGAGGUGAGAUUUGAUGGCGUGUUACUUGCUGUCCCACCCCUAGCCACCACAUGCACUCAGGACUUUGUCUCCCAAUAGCUGCUUAUUUGUCUCUUUCCUCCUUCCUAAACUGCAGUGAAAACAUUCACUUGUUGAGAAUGUAAUACAUUUAAUGUAUGAGGUAGCAGUGUUUCCCACCUCUUCCAUGUGCUUUAUUCCUAUCUGCUACCAAAAACAAACACAAACAAAAAAAGCAAAACUCUGAGAGUUUGAAUCAUUUUUCAUUUCCAAAUCUAUUGGUACCUCAUUUCGUCUCUUGACUUUCCUUAGUCUAGUGGUGGGGUCUUUCCUACUUCCCCACUAGGCCUUGGGAACCUCAUCUUGUGGCCUUAUUGUUAGUGGCAAUGAAAAAGGAGAGAGCUGGAGACCUAACUGGGCUUCCCUGUCUCCUUCCCUACCCUCCAGUUCUAAUCAUCAGGGCAGACAGGAACAGUGUAAUUUAAAACUUGUUCCAUCAGGUUACUGGAUUAACUGAUUCUUUUAUGUUUUACAAGAGUUUACUGGCCAAAGUCUACAUAUUGUCAUCUUUGGUCAUCUGUGCUCCUGCCUCUCCACUGUGCUUCCCUGUCCACAUCACUGCCUGUUCCACUAUAACUACUUUAGCUCAGACCUCCUAGGAGUUGUCAGACAGUAGCUGCUUCCAUUCUCUGUCCCUCCUACAGCUCUCAGCCUCCCUUCUUUUCUAAGGUAUGUUUUGUACCCACCAGUGUCCAGCACUCUCUCAACAACCUUUUCAUCUUCUCACCCAGUUCUUAGCCUACCCACUGGUUGUCUCUAGUCCUGAAAUUUCGUUGAACUUGUCCAUGGUACAGGCUCCAGGGCUCUGAAGCAUCAUGGUUGAGGUCAUGGAUGCUUUUGAAUAUAAGACUGAGUGGAGAGAGGAGGUAUACAUUUUCCUAUGUAUAAUCUCAGCAGAGCACUCAGGAUAUGGCCUGUCUGUGAGAUUGCUGUCUGUGGCUGUUGGCUGUCCUUAUUUUAUGGGUUACAGAGAGAAAAUACACCCCUCCUCUUCUUCAUCUUCCCUUGGCUCUGAGCUAUGCAGGCUCUUCCAGAGCCAGAGGCCUGUGGAUAGAUAGGUCAGCUUUAAUAGCUCUUGAGUUGAGAAUCCUUCCCAUUGUCCUAGAACCACCUUCUGCCAUCUGCUCAAGCCAAGUCCUCUUUUCUAGCUCCAUCUUAAGUAUGCAGAAUAAUUGCUUGCGUCUUUGUCUUCCAAAAUUCACUGUCGUGGAGGAAUGGAAAUGUCGUGUAGCUUAUAUGAUUAUUUCCUCAGAGUUUAGACUAGUGAGCCCAUCCUGUGACAUGUUUGUAUGUUUUAUGUAAAUUUCCCUCCUGCUCUUUAGAGUCAAUGCUGAACAGGCCACACCCAGUGAAAACUAGGAACUGGUUUUAUAGUCUUCUCCCACAGGGUCUUAACAAAAACAUCCCCUGAGGUGACAAGGAUAGCAAAUGCCACAGCAGAUGGUUGAGGGCAAGCCACCAUCUCCAGGGGUUUCACUUGGCCUUAGAAACUCACAGCCAUAGUUUGAGCUCAGGACUUCUUUAGAUGGCUGCUUCCUAGGAUUUUUUUUUCCUGCUUAUGAAUUUUGUUUCUUUUUUUUUAAUUGUCUUGAUUUCCCAGUAGCAGCCUUACACUAAAAUAUGACUGAGCUUAUAGCUUCCAAGGGCCCCCCUUGGCUAUUUUCUUCCUCCAUCAGUCAAGUGUUUAAUUCAGUGUAACCUACCAGUCUGUCCUGGGUUGCAUGUCUAGUAUACGUGGAGGUUCUUUUUCACUUUCUUGACCCUCAUGUCUGCUUCUCUUGAGUCUUUGUUUUUAUAGCAGGAAGUUAGUAUUGGGGGCUUGAAUGAUGCAGGGCACCAACAGAACCAUUGCAGGACUGAAAUCCCCAGACUACCGAUACCUUGGUGGUCGGUUCUCAGCUUCACUAAGAAAGCAGAACGGCUGCUUAUGCUGAAGCCUCUGUGACAGUCAAGGGGGUCAUCACCUACAUUAUUGCUGCCAGGGGUCACAGCCCUGACCUUUGCCUUCCAGACUUAACUGAACCAGAACCAGAUACCAUAGAGGAUAGCAAUAAACCCUUCUUGACAUCUGACUAUGAUGUGUCAUAGCGGGGUCUCUGGUCAUGUCUAUUUGGGGUUCAAUAUGCCUCUUGUAUUUGAAUGUCAACUCCUGUCCCUAGGUAUAGGAAAUUUUGUGAUAUAAUUUCAUUAAAUAGUUUGACUAAUUCCUUUUUAAUUUAUCUCAGGUCCUCCUUCUCCCCAGUGGCUUCUGAGGUUUGUUUGGUCUUUUAAGUAUAUUCCAAGCUUCUUGAAAAUACUGGUAAUAUCUAUCUCUCUCUUUCUCUCUCUCUCUCUCUGUCUCUGUGUGUGUGUGUGUCUGUCUGUCUGUCUGUCUGUCUGUCUGUCUGUGUGUGUCUGAGUAUAUGAUUGUUCCAACUUUGUGCUCCACUGCAGAACUGCAUGAUCUUAAUCUCUUGGGGACACUUUCUAGUGAGGGUUUUCACUUUCAUGUUUCUUUCAUGUUAAUUUCUAUCUUGUUCCUUUUCCAUGUUUGAAUGCCCUCAUCAAAAUCUCCCUCCAUAUAUCUGACUUUCUCCUCCAACUUACCCACUGUUUUGUUCAUUUUGGAGGUUUUGUAUACAGUUCCUAGUUCAUGCAUUUGUAUCUGAGACUUCUACAUCAACUCUGAACUCUUUCUCAGACUUCUCAGUACUUUUGGUUUUCAUUAAGGAGAGGUUUGUAGUAUGCCCUGGUCUGCUGUUGUCUCAUGUUCCUUGUGUUUCUCUGUGGAAUUUUGUACAUCAGUCAGGAUGGCUAUGUCCUCCAGUUUUAACUCAUCUUUUCCCAACUCUGUUUUGUUUCAUGUAACUAAGCCCUUCUUCAGAGGUCUGUCAGAAAGGCGCUGAGAGUGUGAUGUCUCAGGCCCAGGUGUGGUCAGAGGCCUGGUCUGUGCUCUUGCCACCCACUCCAUAUAACACAGAGUGUUCAGAGUCUCAAAGGCUGAGAAGCCGCCCAACACGCAGGGAGAGCUGGGAAGGACACGGCCCCUUCAUUCACUUUCACUCCCUUCCUGUUGGCUGAGAUGCCAGAUCUGCCUGCUUCCUUCCUCCACUCCUUCCCAUGGCUGUAAGCACCAGACCACAUACUUAAGGGAGCUGUGCUGGUGAACCUUGCCUUGCUGCCUGCCUUCCCUCUCCCAUUCUGUAGCUCUUGACUCCUUCCUUGAUUCACCUCUUCCGUCUCCUCAGGGACCCGCCCUCCAGCACCAUCAUCCUGAGAGAUAUAACUGUACUUUGUACAGCCUGAACCGCCAAAAAGACACACACAUGCAAUUCUUCCUCUGGCUUCUGAGAGGCUCCUUAAAGGUGCUAACUGCUCAGCUCACUCUCCCCGGCGUGUCCCCAUCCUCAGAACACAUUUCCAUUAUCUAUUGUACCCACCAAAAAGAAAUAUGUACUUCUUAUGAAAAGAAAACCCUAGUCUGUUCAGAUGUGUCUCACAGCUGUGUGACACGUGCCUUCGUUGCUAUGCUUUCUCCUUUCUUUAGCCAUGUUUGACCAGGGUGGGAGGGGUGGUGGGACAGGACAGGUGAGGAUCCUAAAGCCUAUCAAAAGACCCUACCCCACUCCAGUCCAGCUAGACAUUCUUCUUACAAAUUCUGUUUCUGUCUGUAUAUGUGCAUAUGCAUAGACAAAUCCCCCUAUUCCACCAGCCUGGUGAUCCAUAGGAAUGAGCAGUGCCUGCUGGCCACAUUCCCACCGUUUGCACUGUUACUUUGAGGUAAAAUCCUACCCUAGAAUGAACAAAGGCUGGUGAAAGUAGGGCAGAUUAAGGCAGCUUAUGUUCUUGUAAAUGCAAGUUUCUAUUUCAGCUAGUAGGUGUUUUCUUUUUCUGUUUUGUUUUUUAAUGUAGAGCUGGUAGGCUAUAAGCCAGCAAUUGUGAGUAAGGCUUUAGCUAUUAGUGGCUGUGAGCACUAGUUUCAUUGACUUUACCUUAGGGCAGUGGUUCUCAGAACAUGGUCCAAGAACAACAUCAGCAGCACCAUCACCUGAAGAGCUUGCUAGAAAUGUACACUCUGGGCCAUCCCAACCUCCUGAGUUGGCCACUCUGAAGGUGAGCUUUAACUAACAGUCUCUGCUGCUAGUUCACACUAAUGCAUGACAGUCCCUAGCGGACAGGCUGGGAGCAUCUUAGCUCUGGGAUGACAACGAUUACUUUAAAUGUCUUCUCUGCCUUAGAAUUGAUAUUUUUAUUUCCCCCAGUCCUUCCUUCCUCUUCCAUUAAAACAGCCACCACCACAUUACUCAUCUCAAAUUCUAGGUUGGUCUUCCUUCUAGUCUUAGCUCUAAAACUCUUGCCUGCAUUGGUCUGGACUCAUAUUUCCUUGCAGGCUACUAGUUCUGCAUUCUUGGUGACUUUAGCCAGCAGGAAGGCCAGGAGUGGUGGUGGCAUAUGCCUUUGAUCCCAGCACUUUUGAGGGAAGCAGAGGCAGGCAGAUCUCUUUGUGUUCAAGACCAGUCUGGUCUACAUAGGGAGUUCAAAGCCAAUCAUAGCUAUGCAGUGAGACCCUGUCUCAAAACAAACAAACAAAAUCAGCAGGAGCCUUAGUUGUCCAUUUCUUCCCUGUGCACACACCACAUCUCUUACAGGAAGAUUAGCCUCCACCCCCACAGUGGAGCCUCCUACAUCCUGAUAGAGUAUAUGUUGAGAAGCCAUGUGUAUCUAUGAAUAUAGCUCUGUUCUAUAUCCUUUUGACAUGUAGCAAUACCUCUCCAUCCUCAAGGAACUCAACCCAGUCUGGGUCUCCCCAGGCUCCAGUGGUAGACUCUGACAGGUGGGAGGAUACAGUGCUCUGGGCUGUUUUGUUACAAAAGUGUCUUCUGUCCUUUCCCUCCUCCCAAUUCAGCAUGACCCCUGUGAGCAGGCUCUCACAAUCUCCUGGGGCAGGGCUGAGGCAGGGGCUUUCAGCUCUUCUCCAUAACUAUCCCUUCUUCCUUCCCCCAUGCCAUUUAGCAGUUAUCACCCAGCCUUGCCUUCUCCCUCCAUCCCUUGCCCUGACAUAUACUGUGCCUUAUUUAUGCUGCAAAUAUAACAUUAAACUAUCAAGAGAAUGA